AUGGGCCGGAGGAAAAUCGAAAUCAGAGCCAUAAAGGAUGAUCGCAAUCGCUCAGUAACAUUUCUCAAGCGCAAAGGCGGCCUCUUCAAGAAGGCUUAUGAACUCUCGGUCCUCUGCUCCGUCGAUGUUGCUGUCAUUAUUUUCGGUCACAAUAAAAAAUUGUACGAGUUUUCAUCGGGAGACAUCAACGAAACAUUACGGAGGUACCAAUAUUACGGACAACCUCAUGAACAUAAAGGACCGGCCGACUUCAAGAACAAGGGCGGCGGCGACGAUGAUGAUGAUGAAGACGAAGACGAAGAGCCGCCAGCUCACGCCAGAGAGGAAUCUCUGCCACCUCAACAUGCUCUUCCACACAUGCAACACCAUCAUAAUUCCUUUGCCCAUAUCCAACAACCGAUGGCCUCGGUCUCCCCACCCAUGCCAAAUGGCAUGUUCCAGCCUCGACAUUCCACUCCUCAACCACCUCAUAUGAUAUCAAGACCUCCUUCCCAAAACAUGAUCCGACGCACGAGUUCCAACCUGGUCCCAAUGCAACAUCCUCAUCCAACUCCUCCUCCACCUCAGAAUGGCUUUGCUUAUGUACCGAAUCCACCCAUCUACAAUCCCCAGGCGCCUCCCGCUGUCCCUCCUCAGCCUUCGCCUCAACCUCAAUAUCAACAAUUUCCUCAACCACAACAGCAACAGCCCCCCCAGCCGCCACCACCGCCUCCUCCACAGUCACAUCAACAAAUGCAACAAGCGCAUCAACAGUACCUACAGGAACAGAGACGACAUUCGCAACCUCCACCGGCGUCACAGCCUAGUCUACAACCUCCCCCUCAACCCCAACCCCGCGCCUCACCUCAACCGGAACAACAAAAUCUUCGCCCACCUGAGCAGGCUACCCCCUCUCAGCCUAAACAUUUAUCCUCCAAAUCGAGAAGUAUAUUUACUCCGAUAGACGAGGGAGGCUCUGUUCUAGCACAACACUUCUUUGGUGCCCCGGAUCCUCCCAAACCGAAGAAAGAGGAGGAUUCAUCAGAUACCAGACCUCCAGCGCCGCCGCGAAGUAUCACGGCACCGAUCAUUACUCGUCCUACUUCGCAACCCGCGAGAACACAGACAACCGUCCCCGAGUUUGCUCCACCGCAAAGAACGAACACGUCUGGAUCAAGAUCAGGUGCUCGUCCAAAAUUGAACCUGCAGAUUCCCUCGGAAGCAGAAGACAACGAUUCGCCCAACGGCGGAUCUCCAUUGCAAUCAGCCGGGCCAUCAGCCAAUCCAACCCGGAGUGGCGAUCAUAUUGUUCUACCACCACCUUCACCUAGUGCUUCGGCAGUCAUGUCAGCAGGAGCGACCGGACCACCCAAUCCUUUUGCUCGGCCGCCUCCUCCAACCUCGAAUCAGAACCGUGAUGCCUACAAUGACAAUCGAAAUAAUAUCGAGACUCCGAUCUCCGCGUUGCCAAGUCGGUAUAUGAAUAACGAUCUUUUGCCGAGUCCGAGUAACUUCUUUAGCGAAUGGUACGAUUCGGGAAGAAAUGGAGGUUUAAAUUCUGCGAUGUUACCGAGCCCGUUGGUAUUUCCAACUCCUGCAGAUGCAAGAGGACUAGGUUUUGGAAGUAGAGACGCAGCCAACGAAGCUAAUGGAGAGAAAAGGAAAGGAAGUAUUGAUCUUCCGGAGAAGGAAGGGGAUGUGAAAAAGGUCAAGACGUGA